AUGAGACGGCUAUGUCCUUGGUUCCUGGUUACGGCGGAUGAUCUGGAUACCGGCCACAUCACCAUCGUCGAGUUCAAGCGGAACGGCCAAGUCCGGGAAUCCUUCCGUCGACGGGCUUGCAAUAUGUGGCCUGUGUAUCUGGAGUACUGUACCGGUUGCAGGGACCUUGGGCAGGUGAAAUGGGACGGGGUUGGCGGGGGGGAUGAGAAGAACUCCGAUCUGGAUAUGACCCAACCCGUGAUCGAUAUCCUGGAGGGAGCCAAGGCCCGUCGCGAGUUUCUCUUCGGGUUUGAUGGCGCCCGGGACGGGUGGACGGAGGACAUUGAGAUCUACGCACCGGGAUACCUGGAGAUGGAAGCCGCAGGAAAUGAGGCAGACUAUGAUCACGCACGCUUGAUUGAUCCUCAAGAUGCAUAUUAUAUUCGGACACGUAUAUAUCAGGGACAGAUCAGCUGA